CACAUCAUCAGAUUUCAUGGUAAAAUGGUGAGGAGUGAUUUUGUUACUUUUUCAUAUCUGAAACUAAUUAAAAAAAUAUACAAGUGGAAAGAAAAAGUAUAUUAAUAUAUGUGUUUUUUUUAAAAAUUGGAUGGUAUAAAUACUUAUUAUAGUUUGGAAUGUUGACUGCGAACAUAGUUAUUAUUUAUGUUUAAGAGAAAAAACAAUUAAUGCUCCCAUAUUUAAGUUUCUGAAAAAUAUUUAGGACUCACAUAUACUUCUUUUAAAGCAGCAUACAAACAUUUUUUAAUUGAAUGGAUAGGUUCUGUAUAAGAGAUAAAAUUAAAUGGUUUCAGGUUUUGUGCCCAUAAAAAUUACAUAAUGCUCUAGACAGCAUCAUGGAAAAAACGGUAGUAUUGUUCGUUUCAUAACCAAGAGUUAGUAACUUCUAAUUAGUUUGGGUAAGUCACCAAGCUAAGGGCAAAUAGGCAUGCGGAAUGAACUCUUCGAUUGAGAAGGUGACUCUUCUUGGGGAUGAAGUAAACCCCGAGUAGGGUUUCUUAUUUCCCGAGGGGUUUUGCUUAUCAUGGGAAAACGGGAAUAAAUAAAGUUUUCCUCAUCCCAAGAUAAAAUUAAUUUAUGAAAAAUAUAUUUUAAACUGGAAAAAAAACCUUCAACAAUUAAUAAGUUUUGGAUUCUGUGCAGGUCUCUGAUUCUAGUUUUUAAUCAGUCACUAAAUUUUUACCAAAUGGCUACAUGAAAAUGUUUCUAACAUCUUGUAACAAGGGCUUCAUUUUGAAUUUUUAAAAAAACAACAUUUAGGUAGGUUAAUACAUAACAUUUUUAUAUUUUUUAUAUAUCUUACUAUGUUGAUGUUGGAAAUAAAAAGCUACAUAAUAUAAAGGUGUUUGGACACAUGAGCAUCUUGGGCUAGUGAAGUUUUUAGAGCACAGGUUUCCAGCCAAAGAGAAACAAUUGACUUAGAAGUAGUGAUAUUUAAAUAGUUUUCUUUUUAAAUCAGUGUCUUAUUUUAGUUGAAACUCAAUUUGUUAUUUCAAGCAUGAUGUUAAAUAUAUGAAAAAUUAAGUUUUAAAAUGUUUUCCUUGCGGAGAAUUUACCAUAUUUAAAAACCCCUUUUUCCAAUAUAUCGUGGUAAUGGUCACUUUGCUUCUAUAUGAAUAUGGUCAUGAGUUUAAAACGCAUGAGAACCUGUGUACUUGAUCUACUAAGCUUAGUAAUUCAGCGCAGUUAACUAGAUUGUACAGGUCUUGGCUUAUCGCUAAUUUGUGACAAUCUGUCAUUUGCUGAAAUUUAAAAAAAAAAAAAAUGUAAAUUGUAUUCUAAAAGUGUGUGCCCGUGUGAGAUUUCGGGAAAGAAACCCUAACCCCCGAGUUUUAAAAAAAUCCGCACUCACUGAGGUUGGAAGGCAGCACUCAACUAGUUUAAUGAUUAGACAUCAUGUCUAUAAUCUUCCAACUUGCACAAUAUCAAUAAUGGGGUAAUAAGACAAAAUAUGAGUAAAUUACUGCAUUAGAUUUGAAUCCAAUACUUAUUUAUUCUGUUUUGAAUUUUUAAAAAUAAAAAUGUGCUCAUUUAAUUGAUAAAGAAUGUGUAUCUACAGGUAUGCUGCAUCUGCAUUGUGUAAAUAUUUAGCAAUGUCAGAAAGUGAAACUGUAGUGUUUUUCAAGAAAUAUUUUACAUCUGAGGAACAGAGAGCAAUGACUUUAAGGUUUUUAUUUUUUUCAAUUAUUUUUUUUAUUGAUUUAAAUAAGAUAUUUGUAUUUUUAAAUAAUAGUAUAAAGUAUUAAUGUUCAAAUAAUUAUUUAGAAAUCCUUCACCUUUGUCCCCAGUUUUUAUAUAACUGUUUAACUAAACGACCUUGCUUUAACUAUUUGUAUCUUCCAUAAUGAAAAUAGAAAUAUACUCUGUGUAUAUUAAACAUUCAAAUACAAUGUGGUUCAUAUGUGAUAUAAGCAAAUUUGAUUUUACACACUUAACACUUUAUAUCCACACUGCCCCAUUUGGUGAUGACCAAUUUUAACCUUUAUGUCCACAGAACGCCGAUAGGCAAUUGUGUAACAUAGCAAGGAGAAAAAUUGAUGAAUAAUCUCCCUGUAGCUGCCCAUGCAUUCUAACGUGUUAACAAUCUUCCCCAAUGUUUCAGCAAUCACAACUUUUCAAUAAAAUAGUUUGUUUAAAGUUCAAAUAUUUAAAAAAAAUAAAAAAUCAAACUUUGAGGUUUUUUUUCACUAAUCAAUAGUGUUUUGAUAGCAGUUUACAUGUAAUUAUUGAUAAUUCCUCAGGUCAUAAUGCUAGUUGUAUUAAUACAGAUUCCACUGUUCGAAUUUAUAAGGGAAUCAAUAUAGUAUGUCUUGAGAAAGUUAUUGAGUUUAUCUUCUUAUAAUUUUAUGUUCCACCGUUCCGCUGCAAAAAGUCACAUGGACAGAAGGGGCAUUUUACUCCAUGCGUUACGUGUAUAUAAUAAUCCUCAAAGGGACAUUGUCUGCCCUCUAAAGAAACUUAAUACAGAUUUACCCCUUUUAAAUGGUUAUUUAAGGCUAUUCCCUCAACAAAAGAUUUUGCAGUAACAAUGACAUUAUCUUUUGAAUUUUUUAAAACUCUUCAUCCUUUUAUUUUGCAAGUGAUCACGUGCACUUUUUAAAAAAACAGAUUUUGCACCUUUUCCUGUAUUUUACACUUGUGUAAAAUGGCUGUGUUGCCCCAUCUAGUGUGGAUAUAAAGUGUGUACUUGCAAAUAAAUUAAAUGAAUUGAUGUGAGGAAAGAAUGAGCAAAUGAAUGAUGUAAGGGCCUUAUCACGGGUAAUUUUUUAGCUGUGUGUUCAGUCUAAAUUGAAUACAUUUUAAAUAUUUGCCCUUUAUUUAAAGGGUGGAGUCUGAAAAACUCCACAACCUGGAGAAGUUAAUGACAGCAAGUGGGGCAAUGCAAGUAGAAAAUGUGGAUUCACAACAAACACACACAAGGCAGAAUUUGGUGAUGAGUGACCUGAGCACAUCAGUUGUUAGUGUGAUGGAAAUACUUCUGCCAAAAAUAAGUUCAGCUGAACCAGAUGAUAUGGUUUGUACAUAAUAAGCUGUUAAUAAGUGAACCAAAAAUACAUUUUUUUUACGUUGAUUGGAUUACACAUGUACAGUUCUGUGAAAGCUGGUCAAAAUAUUUUAUUAGAAUUUUCAUGAAGUAGUAUUUUAAGAAUACACAUUUUUGAUGCAUAUUUUAAAAGUAAUAUUGUUACUUUCCGAUGUUUUUUGUAUGUCAUGAAUUAUUUUUAUAAUACCUUAUCUUGAUGUUUAUUAAGUGAGAUAAUUCAUUAUAUGUCUCUAUGUUAAUCCAAGCAAAGUAAAGUAUUCCUGUAGUGUUUAAAUUAUUCUUUUUUGGAAAAUAUAUAUGAGAUCAAGAACACAAAAAGCAUUUUGACAUUUUUACAGGCACAUAGUCCUUUGGUCCUUGUUCCAUCUACACGACAACAUCUUCGUAGUUUGGCCUUGGCUGUAUCUUGUCAUAAGCCUGUGAUGCUUCAGGGCCCAGUUGGUUGUGGAAAAACUUCUCUAGUUGAGCAUCUGGGUAGGCUAACUGGUCGCCACAAAGUGCCGCAUCUGAUAAAGAUUCAACUAGGGGAUCAAACUGAUAGCAAAGUAAGUUUUAUUAAUUUCUAUUAAAGACACUGAAUCCAUAUGUUCAGAAUGAUCUAUCAUUAAAUUAACAUUUCAUUUUACCAGACUGAAAAUAAAUAGUCUACCACUAUUUUGUGCACAGGCCUUGCUUGGGACAUACUGCAGCACAGAGGUCCCUGGAGAAUUUGUGUGGAGGGCUGGUGUACUUACUCAAGCUGUUGUAGAAGGAAGCUGGGUGUUGCUGGAGGAUGUUGACACCGCUCCUAUGGAUGUCUUAUCUUUGUUGGUGGCAUUGGCAGAAACGGGAACACUAUCGGUUCCAGGUCAUGGGGAUGAGGUUAAAGUGUCUCCAGGCUUUCAGUUAUUCACAACCAGAAGGUAUGUAGGAAAGGUCAUAAAAAUACGCCACUGUUCAUUUCAAAGUGCACACUUUUCAUAAGUGGGGCUAAUUUGAUUCUGUAUCAAUGGACACCUCAGUAGACUUGUUACACAUUUUUCCUAUUCAUCUUAUCAGCGGAAAAUUCCAUUUGUUUUGUACCUGAUGUAUAUAGUAUGGACUUUGUAAAAAUAUUUAUUAUAUUUCAUACAUUUAGCUAACUUUUAGUUACAUAUAUUUCUCUAUUUCAACCAGACUUGUGAGCUCAUUAGAAGGUAUUCAUCAACAAAAAGGAGGAAAUUCUGCUGUGCUGGAAAAAUUAUGCACAAUAAUCAAUGUAGAGCCCUUAUCUAGGAAUGAGCUGAAAGAGGUUAGUAAUCUUAGAUUUUAUUUGCUUACCAUUGUGGCUUUGAAACAGUUUCAUACAGAUGUUUGUUUUUUUUAACUCUAUAAAAGAUUAGUAAAUCCUAAUACCUUUUGAAAGUAAAUUAAUUUUAUAGAUGUUUUUUUACCUCAUUUUAGGUUUUCUGACCCUUAUAUGAUUAAUGCCUAGUUAUGCUUGAUGUAGAUCAUUUUGUUAUGAUCAUUAAUUUAUUUGCUUAUUAAAUGUUACUUACAUUAGAAAUCUCUCUAGACGUUAACUUCUUUCAUAUGUAGAUAAAUGUGUAUUCCAAGACUUUUAAUGAUUUAUGAUGUUAUUAUUUUGACCCAUGCCUAAAAAUUGAAGUUGGUUCUUUAGACUGCUUAAAUAAUUAUUUUCAAUUGGAUUUAUUUCGAGCUUUUAUGUGUUGAUAACAUUUAGUUCAUUGGUAGGCAAGCAUAUUAAACCGUCAGCAUUGCAAAAGAAUGAAUAAAAUGAAGAUAAAAUGGUGAAAGAAAGACAUUUUUAUCAUUUUAUUCCAAUAUCUGCCAUUAAUUUUCUAACAGGUUAUAUCAGUGAAAUUUUCUGCAUUAUCACCUGUCGCAGACAAACUUUUGAACAUUUACUUUCUGUUGUCUGCUGGUAGACACAACAUGGGAGAAAUAGACCAACAUGGAGAAUCAUCUACUCAUGGGAAAUUUCUUUCUCUUGAUGGCAGGCUGAUCUCCACAAGGUAUGUUCAAAAUUUCAAAUGAUAUUUUACAAUUCAUUCUGUACCCCACAAACACUGUAAAUAGUGAGAAUGAGGGGGUGAUAUAUGGUAGGAAAGGGAUAUUUCUUUAUUAUUCAUUUAAAGACCAAAUAAAAGCAUUUAUCCCUCAAUAACUAAACAGGAAAACCUUUCCUUCUGUCUUCAGAGACCUAAUGACUUGGUGUAGCCGUUCAAGUGUAGACUUUGAUCAUACUGAAUCCUCACAGGGUUUGAAAGUAUUUCUUGAAGCACUGGACUGCUUUGUUUCUUGUCUCUCUAAACCAAACAUGAGACUUUCAUUGGCAACAGCCAUUGGUGUGAAGUUAAAUAUUACUGAGGAUAGGGUGAGUAAUACCUAGAUUGGAUAAACUGAAGUUAUAUUUCUACAUCAUGUUUUUUGUUGUUGUCAUAUCUGUAUACAUGCAUUCAAUUAGUGUUUGUGUUUGCAUUAUAAUUAAGUCUCAAGUCUUUAAUGAUAUACAUUACCUGUUCUUUUCUGCAGUUUGUGCGUAGAUAUGAUUUUUGUUUGUUUUUCGGGCUAAAUAUUUUUGUAUUUUUCAGGCUAAAUAUUUUUGUGCAGAGCACAAACCAGGAGUACAAGAGACAACAAGUUUUCUUGAAAUAGGAAGAGCCAAGUUGAAAAGACAAAAGCUUAAGUUAAAUAGUUUGAUAAGGUGAGAAUACAAAUGUUUUGACCUGUUGUUACUGUUUGUUCCUAAGUAAAUAGAAUUCCAUUUUAAAAAUAAAAGUUUCUUAACAUGCAUAAACUUGAUUUGCUUUAGAAAGAAUUAAGAAAAAAAAAUAGAUGAAAGUAUUUAUAGACAAACAAUAAAGGCUAUGGUGAGUUACAUUGAACUUCUUUUAAGGUGCAUUAACUUGGGUUAUUUAUUUCUGAUUCUACAGUAAACCUGCUCCUGUGUUUUCCUACACACGAUCUUCAUUAGUCCUGUUGGAAAAAGUUUCUGUUUGCAUUCAACGCAAUGAACCAGUUUUGUUGUGUGGAGAAACUGGAACAGGAAAGACUUCUACUGUUCAGUUUUUGGCGCAUCAUUUAGGUAGGAACGCUUUUAAGGAUAUUAAAAAUGCUGCCAACCAAUGGGUCAGAAUAAUAAAGUGGUUUUAAUUUUUUUAUGAAUGAUAGCUUUUAAUGUCUUCCUACACUGAUUCUUUGAAGACGUCAAUGUGAAGUCAGGGGUCCCCCAGGGAUCAGUCCUGGGCCCCUGUUUGUUCCUAGCAUACAUUAAUGACCUACCCGAGAAACUGACAUCACAGGCAAGACUGUUCGCAGAUGACACAGCAGUGUAUAGGAUGAUCGCCAACAGAUCUGACCAGGACCAGCUACAACAGGAUCUCAAUCUGUUAGCUGAGUGGGAGAUGAGCUGGGACAUGGAAUUUCACCCUGCCAAGUGCCAGACACUAUCAGUCUCUAGAAGUUGUACUCCUCUACACUACCAAUACGAACUGCACGGCCAUAUACUUGAGCCAGUUUCCUCCGUAAAGUACCUGGGUGUUACCAUUCAAAGAGAGGUCCGCUGGGACGAGCAUAUUAACAAUGUAUGUAACCAAGGAAACAAGACCCUAGGGUUCUUAAGGCGAAAUCUAAAGAUUGGCAACUCCUGUGUGAAAGAAAGAGCAUAUGAAGCCUUUAUCCGUCCGAUUUUAGAUUAUGCAUCUUCAGUCUGGGACCCAUUUACCCAGAAGAGCAUUGACAGGUUGGAGGCGGUCCAGCGACGAGCAGCACGCUUUGUCCUAAACCGCUACAGGAAUACCUCUAGUGUUGGCAGCAUGCUAGAAACACUAGGCUGGUCACCAUUGGAGAAACGACGACGACAAUCCAGGCUCUCCAUGAUGUACAAGAUAAAUAAUGGGCUGGUCCACUGUUCCAGUAUUAAACAGAAACUCGUCCCUCUCCCCCAUAGACAGCGACGAGGCCAUGACAGGCAAUUCAGGCUCAUACCAGCAAGAAGCCAGUAUAGGAGCUGCUCAUUCCUGCCCAAGACAAUCAGGGACUGGAACAAUCUUUCAAAAGGAACAGUUGAGGCGACAACACUAGACACAUUUGUGUCUAUUGCCUCAAGCCUUCAAACCCCUAGUGCAUGAUUUCCUCAUCACCACCAGUAACAGAAACAUUGCAAAUCCCAUCUACAUGCAUAGGAGCCAAAUUGAUCAAUAAAUUGAUCGUGGGCCCUUACGAUAUAGAAGAAGAAGAAGAGACGUGAUAUCCAAUGUAUAAACAAAUCUAAAACUUGAAACUAGUGCUUAGGUUGCCUUAAAUAAUCUCCUGAUGAGGAUAAUCAUAUUAAAAAAUAAAUUAACAUCAUUACUCUUUUUAGGUCAUAGGCUACAUGUUAUUAAUCUAAACCAGCAAAGUGACAGCACAGACCUUCUGGGCGGGUAAUUAUCAAUUUAAUAAUUACAUAAAUUUUAGAUAUAAUUUUAGAUUUUAGUCUAAAUAAAAAUUAAGGUUACAUAAAUUGCAUGUUAAACUGGGCUGUAGCUUGUCCUUGGGAAUCUUAUAAAAAUAAACCACAAUAAUUUUUUAAAUAUAUAUUUUUUAAUGUAUAAACAUCUUCUUGUUUCAUUUAGCUUUAAACCAGUUGAUUUGAAAUUUGUCAUCAUGCCACUUAGAGAAGAAUUUGAAACUCUUUUUUGCAACUCAUUCUCAAGAGCACAAAAUGAAAAAUUUCUUUCCCACAUCCAGGUAAAAAAAAAACAAAUUUAAAUGAUUAGAUAUUGAGAUUGAUGCAAUUUCUUGUACAACCUUGAUUUUCCCAUUAAAAUAAAUCUAGCCUGAUUAGCUUUGUUCUUGUUAAAUUAUUGUCAUUAUUACGUUAGUGAAGGAAAUUUAUUGUGUUGUGUAGGAUGGUUUAAAAAAUCUCUAAAAAUCACAAAAAUUUAUAAAUCAUGAGUCUUUUUUUAAUAAUUUUAGACACUCUUCUCAAAAAAACGCUGGAAUGAUCUUCUGUCCUUGAUAGAAGCACCUGUUGAUAAGGCUCUAAAGAAGUAUGAAUUAGGUAAAUCUUUUUACAUCUAUAGUCUGAUAAAUGUUUAUGGUUAAGUUGAAAUAUCUGGUAAAUUAAACAUGUUUUUGUCCCCUUUGACACAAUUAACUUUUCUCCCAAGAGGAAGGGUAUUUUAAUUGGCCUGGUUUCUUUCCAGCUGGUUAGUAGCUAGUUGGAAUAGAUUUUUAAGGUCCGUAAUGAAACUGUCAUUUGGGAAGAGAAAAAAAACUCCUUUUUUUAUGCCAACCAGGUCAAAAUAACUUGCUGAAAUCCAUUGUACUUAACCAUCAUGAGGCAAAUGGGUGUUAUCUUAACUGUUAGCAAGUUUCUGCUGAAAGAAAUCCAGAAUAUUUUUUUUCUAUGUACUGGUACUUCCCAAAAAGUUAUAACUAUAUUAUGGUGAUAUAAUGCUAAAUUAUUAUUAUUAUUUGAUGGAUGUAAAUGUCUAAUUUUUCUUUGCUCAAAGAGAGACACUUUGUUUGAAAAUAAAAUAAAGGAUACUUACAAUUUUACCCCCAACAAUAAAAUAAUGCAUGAAAUGUAUGGGGUUUUUUCUCACUAAGGGAGCCAAGAAUACAAUCAGUGGAGUAAGGUCAAGGUCAGGAUCCAUGAACUGAGGCUGCAGAUUAGGGAGGCAGAAAAUGUUUUGGCUUUUUCAUUUAUCGAAGUAAGUUCAGUAACAUUUAUUUAAUUUUAGGUUGAGAAAAUGCGGAGCGAUUUUAUUAAAAAAUUUUUGGUCUUGCCCAGAUGUAUUAAAUUUCUAUUUUGUAUUUAGGGCACUCUCGUGAAAGCAUUGCGUAAUGGAGACUGGGUGCUGUUAGAUGAAAUUAAUUUAGCUGCUGCUGAGACACUGGAAUGUCUGAGUGGACUUUUAGAGAGUGUGUCUGGUUCAGUUGUUUUGACAGAGAGAGGGUAAGUUUUGUUUAAGACACAUGUUAUAACAAAUCAGUUAUCUCUGCAUGUAUAUUCUUGAAUUCUUUUACAUGUUAUUUUAUUAAUAAUGUUAUAUAUCUUACUGUGGUGGAUAAAUUUGUUUUGAGUUUUUCUUAAAUUAAAAUAAAAAUUCUUUUUUAUGAUUUGCAUUUUCAUUGUUUAUGUACUAAGGUAAAUAAUUUUGUUUUAAGAAACAUUAUUUUAUUAUGGAUACCUUAUGAGUGCACUAUAAAAACUGUUUUUCAUUGUUACAGAGACAUAGAGCCCAUUAAAAGACACCCAGAAUUCAGGUUAUUUGCUUGUAUGAAUCCUGCCACAGAUGUGGGAAAGAAAGACCUUCCAGUUGGAAUUAGAAAUCGGUGGGUAUUCAACAAAUCAAUAGUCUUGUUACAUUGAUUAUAUUUUUGACUGCUUUGUUCGUUGUAUCCUAGAUAAUAAUGCGUAGAUGGAUACUUAUUAUUCUGUUCUGAACUUACUUGUAUUUAUGCCUAAAGCUAUUUAAUUUUUCAUUAGUUUUUACUGAUAUUUACCAAUGUAAUAUCAUAUAAUUUAGUUAUUCUGGUCCCUUUUAGCAUGAGCUGUCUAGUAGAAUUUUAUUCAUGAUUCUUUUAUUUUUACUUUUAAUUGAAUUUGGAUUCCUCAUAUUAUUUUUCCUUGUGCUAUUUUUAGAUUCACAGAAUUUUAUGUUGAAGAACUAGAUUGUCCCAAAGAUCUUGCCACUUUAGUUCGGGAUUAUUUGCCUGGCUUGUCACUAACCUCAAAACAGGUGUCAGGCAUUGUCAAUUUCUAUUUAGGCAUCAAAGGAGACCCUUCAGAAAAGCUUACAGAUGGCACAGGACACAAACCACAUUUCAGGUCAGUCUGAAUCAAUGUCAUUGUUUGUUGUUUUUUUUUUGUUACUUUUUUUCAGUGUUCUUUUGACUUAUUGUAAGUUAACUUUUGAAGAUUUGAUCAAGCUUAAAAACUGCAGAAAUAUUUUAAAAAUAAAAUCUGUUUAGAAACUGAAAAUAUUCCCACUCAGUUCUCAAAAACCUAAAAAUAGACAAAGGUAUCUGGAUCACUUUGUGAUUUUUAAAAAUAUUCUUACCUGAAACUAGAAAAAAAUUAUUUGCUCAUGGGAAAUUUGUUGGCAAAAAAAGGCUGUAAAGGUAAAACUCCUUUAUUUUACAAUUUCAAAUGUCAGCUUUAAUAAAAGGGUUUAAACAAUAUAAUUUAUAAUCGGUUUAAUAAAAUUUUCUCACCCACCUUAUUUUGGGUUACAAACGAACAAUGGUAAUUAUUUAGAAACUUGCUUUCAAGAUUAUUCUUCAUUAUUACAUGUAAUUUUUACCUUUUCAGCUUACGAACAUUGUGCCGGGCUCUUAGAUUCUCUGCUAGGAAUUCAUGUAGGAGUGUACCCCGAUCUCUGUACGAGGUAAAUGUGUUCUUUAAUUAAACAAGAGUAUGGAUAUAUGUUUUGAACUAAUUAGAUAAAGUUUACAUUAUAAUAUUUAAUUUUUUUAAAGCAUUCACAAUACGAUAUUCCUUUUGUUACAUAAGUUAUUUUUUCACAAGAAAGCGUGUUAAAAAAAUUACUUAAUUGUUUUAAAUUGUGUUACUUAUGAAUCUGAAAUAAUUUUGUAAUUUAAAAUUUAUAGUUUUUAAUAACUUAGAGUUCACUUUAUUAACUAACAAUCUAACAUGGCCUUUAAACACAGGGCUUUUGUCUGAGCUUCCUCACUCAGCUUGACCGUUCGUCACAUCCUAUAGUCAGUGAUCUUAUUUGCAAACACAUCUUGAGUGGUUCUGCAAUCAAAGCUGUAUUGGGUCAGAAAUUGCCUAGGCCAGAUGGAGAAGAUCUUGAUUGGGUUAAUGUGGCAGAUUACUGGAUCUCAAGGGGCCUGCUGAAACCAACCGUUCCUUCAAACUACAUAGUCACACCAUCCGUAAAACUUAAUCUCAAAGACUUGGCUAGAGUGGUUUCUGCAGGGUGAUUAUAAGAUUUUAUUUCAGCUAAUUACACAAUCAUUACAAUAAAUACUAUAUUUGGUUAACACAUACAAAUGUGGUCAGUUAAACAGUAACUAUGAUACAUAUUUAUUAUCUAAUAACAAGAUACUUGUUUACAAAAAUUAUUAAUGAAUAACAGAUAUUUAUUUGCAAAUUUAUUGAAUGUGAUAACAGGAUAAAAAAUAAUAUUUCUGUUUGCCCACUAGGAGACAUCCUGUUCUGCUCCAAGGUGAAACGUCAGUAGGAAAAACUAGCUUGAUAACAUACUUGGCCCAGUUGACAGGCAAUGUUUGUGUUAGGGUAAACAAUCAUGAGCACACAGAUUUACAAGAGUAUAUUGGCUGUUAUGCAGCCGAUGAACAUGGAAAGCUGGUUUUUAAAGAAGGUAACACAUUUUUCUUAUCCCAUGUCUUAUAAAAAAAUCUGUAGGUCACAAAUAAGACUUUUGAUUAAACAAUUUUUUUUACUCAUUCAUAAAAAAUAGGAGUGUUGGUGGAAGCCAUGAGAAAAGGUCACUGGGUCAUACUUGAUGAACUCAACCUGGCUCCUACAGAUGUACUUGAGGCACUCAAUAGGGUAAGUGAAUAUAUGUGUGCCAGAAAUACAUUUAAAAAUAUUCUUGGAUAUUAUUAUUUUGUUAGAUAAACAGAAUUUUAUCUAAAAGUUUUUAAUAGUUAAAACAAUUAUUUUUGUUUUUAUUUCUUUCAGCUUCUGGAUGAUAAUCAAGAACUGUUUAUUCCAGAAACACAAGAAAUGGUUCAUGCUCACCCUAAGUUUAUUCUUUUUGCCACUCAGAACCCACCAGGAAUGUAUGGUGGAAGAAAGGUAGUUCAACACAAAUAGUCAGAUUUUUGUACUUUUAUAAAUGCAAAAAUAUUUGCAUUGUAAUUCUCAAAAAUAUCCAAAAUACUCAAUUUGGCAGUCUGAAUUUUGAUGUAUGAAAAUAAUCUAUUACUAGACCAUUUAAAUUUGUACUUAAUGCAAAAUCUAGGUAAAAGUUCAUUUAAUUACAUUGACAGUUUUUCUUGAUCCGAAUAUAUCUAGACAUAAUUUGUUCCGAUAAACACCAAUUUGCGUUAAAAGAAACUAGUUUUUAUGUUAUUAGAAACAAACUAAGAACUUUUUUUUCAGGUCCUUUCAAGAGCUUUUCGCAACAGAUUCAUUGAACUUCACUUUGAUGAAAUUCCACCAUCUGAACUUGAAACUAUUCUGCAUGAAAGGUGUGGGAUUCCUUUGUCUUAUGCAAAGAAAUUGGUGGCAGUUAUGUUGCAACUACAGGUAAUAGAUAGUUUGGAUUUUAAUUUUAUUCAGUUAAAGAAUUAACAUUUUAAAAAAUUAAUUACUUCUAAAUAAAAUAUUGAUAAAAGUUUUGUGGCUAUGCAAAACUUUGGCUAAUUUUUUUGGAUAUGUUGAAUUUUAGCAUCUCUAUAUCUAUUUCAGACACGCCGCAGAGGAUCUGGCAUUUUUUCUGGCAAGCAUGGUUUCAUGACACUUAGAGAUUUGUUCAGAUGGGCUUUGAGAUACAAUUGUCCUGAGGCUGGAAAGGGAGAGAAGUUUUAUGACUGGGAUCAGCAUUUAGCUGAACAUGGUUAGCAGUUCUUUUAGUUUUAUUUUCCCAUUCUUACGGGCUUUGAAAUGCCGAGUAAUCAACAGUUACAUUAAGCUUUGGAUCAAGAUGUGCAGUACAAGAUAUACCAACAUAAGAUAUUUAGGUUUGAAGAAGCUUUCAGAUAACAGCAAAGCUUUAUCUGUAUCCUUGUUAGGUCAACUUGUCACUGACUAGGCAACGUAGCAUUAGAUUAAAUUUCUACAUUUACCUACUAAAGGGCUAUUUUUGUAUCAAAUAAAAAAUCUCACUGCACUAUUUGUAAUCAGGGAUUUGGAUUCUUAUCUUUUUUUUAAAAGUAAAACCAACUCUAAGAGAAAUGUUUUAUGCAUGUCAAAUUAUUAAAUAACAAUAUCUGUUUUACCACUUUGAAUAAUAUCGGACUUGGGCUGCUUUAAAUUUUGAAAAAAAAACAAAAAAACAACUUUAACAAUGUGAAUGGUAAAUGAAAAUGCAGACAAUAUAUAGUUUCACAAUCUACAUUUUUAAAUCCUACUUUCAAUCUUUACAUAUCUCUUAACUGUAAACUCUAUCCCAAAAUGCUUAUUGAAUUUCAAAAAAUCUAUUUAUUUUCAGGGUAUUUGUUACUUGCCGGUAGGGUAAGGAAACAGGAAGAAGAGGUCAUCAUUAAGGAAGUCCUUGAAAAAAAUUUAAAAAGAAAGUUACAAGUAGAUUCACUAUUUAAUACCACACCAUCAACAUCAGCUCCUGUGGCGGCCAUGCUGACUGAUGUUAUGAACCAGAAACUCCCUGAGUUUCAGCAUAUAGUGUGGACUUACAGUAUGCGCAGAUUAGCUGUUUUGAUUGGUCAGGCCAUCAGAUUUAAGGAGCCCAUCCUGCUUGUUGGAGAUACUGGGUAAGUCUCUGAACAUGUUAAUCUCUUCUUGCUUCCUAAAAGUUGUGAAUUUUUAUGAAAACUUUUUGCCUUGUUUGACUUUAUCACUAAGAAAGCAGUGCUUCUUUUGCAGUGUUGGUAAGACAACAGUCUGUCAGUUGUAUGCAGCCAUGCAAGGAAGAGAUCUUUACAGCAUCAACUGCCACAUGCAUACAGAAAGUGCAGAUUUCCUGGGGGGCCUAAGACCAGUGAGAAAUCAUGAUGACUCAGUGAGUGUAUUAAGUCAAAGAUUUAUGACAUGCUUUGAACUUCCAUUUAUAUUUGUUUUGCAGUAAACUAUGUUUCGCAUCAAACUAGAGUUUACCGAUGAUUAGUGUAUCUCAUGUAAAUCUUUAUUUCACUAGGAGAAUGGAGAGCACAAACUAUUUGAAUGGAAGGAUGGACCUCUAGUUAAAGCAAUGAAAGAAGGGGCCAUGUUUCUGAUUGAUGAAAUUUCCUUGGCUGAUGAUUCUGUGUUGGAGAGAUUAAACAGGUGGGUGUCAUAUUUUGCUAUAAGAAAAGGGGUUUAUGAAAUAGUGCCUUUGGAAAUAGCCUAAGUUUUCCUCUUAAUGCCUCAUUAUGUGCACAAAAUUGCUUUUAAGUUUUAAUUAUAUUUCCUCCUGAAAUAAACACAUCUUUGUUUUGUCAUACACUGACUUUUUAUCUAUAUAUUUUGUGUCUAGUUCACUUAAAUGUUUAUUUUAUUCAACGUAUCUAAUUUUCAGUGUCCUAGAACCAGAAAGAACAAUUUUGCUAGCAGAAAGAGGUGGAGAUUCUUCAUCAGAGAUAGAGACAUUGAAAGCUGCAGAACACUUCCAUGUGUUUGGUACCAUGAAUCCCGGUGGAGACUUUGGCAAGAAAGAGGUAAAGUUUGUUACUUUGUAAUACAGAGUGAUGACUCUUGAAAUAAAGACUAACUUAAUUAUUAUAUGUAUAGUGUUAUAUUAAGUUCAGCCUUUUUUUUUUACUCUCCUGCAAUGCUUUGAAUAACAACAUUCCUAUUUUAAAAAUACAUUUCAGCUCUCCCCUGCCUUAAGAAACAGAUUCACAGAGAUCUGGUGCCCUCAAUCUUAUAACCAUGAUGAUCUUGUGUCUGUCAUUGAGAAAAACAUCAAAUCUAGUCUUCAACUAUACAAAACCCCUGAUGGUAAUAGUGGGUUUGGUCAUGCCAUCAUGGAAUUCAUUGAGUGGUUUAUGAGUACAGAUGUUGGGAAAAGGUAACCCUUUUUUAAUCAGACAUUAUAUCUUCUUGUUAGUUAUACAUUAGAACCAUAGAAAAGGUAUAUAUUUUAUUGGAUGAGAGAAUUUAGAAACAUUCAUUUGUAUUUUUUAAUGUUCACAUUUAGAACUACAGUGAGUAUUCGAGACAUUCUAAGUUGGGUACAAUUCAUCAACACAUGUUCCUCAAAUUGGAAUGAGAAUGAGGAUAAGGAUGUUGACAUGGAAACAGAUGGAGCAUCCCUUUGCAACCUUGACCCUCUCAUCUCCUACAUCCAUGGGGCUUGUUUGAUUCUUAUUGACAGCUUGGGUGCUGGUAGGUUUUUUACAUAGUGAUUUUCUUACCGUAACUUGUUAACUGUUAUAGUGUGAGAUGAGAAUGUUGUUAGUUUAGUUCAUCACUUGAAUCAAUGAGGACCACUUAAAUCAUCUAAUUGGUGUUAGGGCUGAUUUUUUUCUGUGGAUGCAGCAGAUGGUUGAUAAGACCGAUUAUUGCACAAGAUUUUCUUGUGCAGUGUAUGCAAGGAUCGAUGAGAAAUAAUCCAUCAGUAAUUCUGUACUGAAAAAAAUAUAUAAAUACUUCAGAAUAUCCAUAUAAAGAUGACUAACAACUCAUCAUCAUGAGACCCCGAAAGCUACACUUGAUAUUGUAAUGGAAUCAUGAAAAAAUAUAUGCCUUCAUUCUUAUUAAGUUAGAUAACAUUUUAUUAGCAUUAUGACUAGUUGGUUAAUGAUAAUUUGUUAUCUUGUUGUUUUUUUUUUUUUUUAUAGGAAAAAGGCAUCAUUUAGGAAGUUUCACAAUAUUUGAUCUUUUACAAGUAAAGUACUUCAUUAUUUUGUCUAUGUAUUUAUUUAAUUUUAUUUCUUUCCAGGUUCAGCAACAUUCAGUUCAGAGGCUAACACAAAGGAUUCCAGAAUUUUGUGUUUCCAUUUCCUUCAAAGACAACUAUCCAGACUAAUGGGUCGUGAAAUAAAUUUGAACCUGUGUGGACUUCUGUUAGAUAGAUCAGGAGUAGAGAAAUCCCUUAUUGUUACUGAAAAUUCUUUGACAAUCGCUCCUUUUUCCAUCAAGAGAGGUAACUAUCAAACUGGAGAUUUUAUAUGAUACAAAUCUUGAUAUCAUUGAAUUUUGUUUACGCCACAUUUUAUAGACUUAAAAAAAUAAAAAAUGUUAACUUCUUUUUUUUUUUCAGAGCCUGUUGUCUGCGCAGCUGAUGAAAUGUUUGCAUUCGAGGCUCCUACAACAUGCAUUAAUGCCCAAAAACUGCUCAGGGGUCUCCAGCUGCCCCGUCCUUUGCUCCUAGAGGGAUCACCUGGAGUGGGCAAAACAAGUCUUGUAGCAGCAGUUGCAAGAAUGGCCCGUAAAAAGCUCAUCAGAAUAAAUCUUUCUGAGCAGACGGUAAGCUGUACAGUUUUAAAACAAAAUUUGUUUUUUUAUCUUGUAUCAGUAUUUUUUCCCUGUGACUGUUGUUUUUACCUUAGGACCGUUUUUUUAAAAAUAUCUUGUGGCUGUUUUAUUAUCUUGUAUGCUAUUUUGAUUGGCAGGAUGUAACUGACCUGUUUGGAGCUGACUUGCCAGUGGAAGGUGGUCAAGGUGGUAUGUUUGCCUGGAGAGAUGGACCUUUUCUUCAGGCCCUCAAAGCUGGUCAUUGGGUUGUUCUUGAUGAGGUAUAGGAAUUAGAGUCCAGCAGACAAUUUCUGACCUAGUUACCAUCAACAGUCUAAAUCAACAGCUUUCUGCAUGUAAAUGUUAACUGAACAGGGAAAGACCACUUAGGGAUUUAAUAUAUCUUUAUAAUGUACAUUUUUAGUUUUCAGGAAUAAAGUUGAUUAAAAAGCAUUAACAAUGUUUUUUGUUUGUAAUUUUUAGCUGAAUUUAGCAUCACAGUCUGUUCUUGAAGGCCUCAAUGCCUGUUUUGAUCACCGUGCAGAAGUAUAUAUUCCAGAGUUGGGCAAGUCUUUCCACAUUCAGCAUGAAAAAACUUGUGUUUUUGCCUGUCAGAACCCACUCUCUCAAGGUGGAGGAAGAAAGGGAUUGCCUCGUUCUUUUCUUAACAGAUUCACCCAGGUGAAUUUUUGUUAACUUUUAAUUAGAUAAUUUAACUUUGUAUUUCUUGGUUAAUUCAAAUUUGGCCACAUUUAAGUCUCUUACAGAUGAAUUUUGACAUUAUUUUAACAAAUUAACAGUUGUGUCAGAGAAGUAAAUGAAUGAGUGAAAAAGGUUGCAUACUUUUUUUAAUAGUAUUUAAUCAUAGCUAAAGGUAUUUAUAAAUAAGAAUGUUUCAUUAAAUUUUUUUAAAUUUUAUUUUUCUACUUUGCUAGGUCUAUGUGGAUCCUCUGUCUAAAGAAGACCUAAUUUUCAUCACAAAGACAAUGUACCCCAACUUAUCUGAGGAAAUGUUGACUCUUAUGGUUGACUUUAACUCAAAGGUUUUUAAAAAAAAAAAAAAAAAAUAUUGA